AAUCAUCUGCAGUGACCCUCAUACCACCGCUCACGGUUUCUGACGCCACACCAGCUCCCACAGAGACGCCCCACCGGCUCAGCUGAUAAACCUGGCCUCAGUGCGGCGGAGAGCACGGCUUAGAGGAAGUGACCGUGGCAUUUUAAUGGGUGAUAAGGUGGCCAGAAUAAUGGAAACACAGCGCUGAUGUCUCUACCAGGCUCUGAGAGAAUGACUGACCCACAGAUUUCAGAGUUUUGAGGCUACUGGACAGCUGAACAGAUAACGGCAUGGCUGGGAAGCCAUUCCGGGCCACCUUCAUCUGGAGCAGCAUCAUCAACAACCUCCAGGCUCAGGUGGAGGUGAAGCGGCGGCGGCACAACCUCAAAUCCUACCAUGACUGCUUCCUGGGCUCGGAGGCGGUGGAUGUGGUGCUGGCCCACAUCAUCCAGAACAAGUUCUGCGGGGACGAGGAGGUUCCUCGCUCUAAAGCCGUGCGGCUGUGCCAGGCGCUGAUGGACUCGCGGGUGUUUGAGGCGGUGGACACCAAGGUGUUCGGGAAGGAGAAGAGGCUGGCUAAGUUCGAGGACAGCAGCUGCAGUCUGUACCGGUUCCUCGAUACACCGGUUCCCAGCAUAGAGACUGGAUAUAACUCACCCUGCAUCCAGAGGAACGAAGCCUCCAAAAGGGAAGAGGAACAGAAUUAUUCAAACAACUCGCCAGUCAAAACAGACCAGUCUCUGCAGGACGUCCUGGGCAACCUGAACUCCAUUACCACCAUCACACCCCAGCUGAUCAACCUGGGCCUGUCUCAGGAGUUGGUGGACGAGGUUUGGCAGCAGCAGACGACGCUGAGGCUCCUGCAGCUGAUCGAGUUGCCGUUGCUGGAGAGUCUUCUGGAAGGUAAAGAGAACCCCCGGCCCGCUCUGCACGGCAUGGACAGCGACCCGGACCUGCUCUACACCAGCAACUACCUGGACCGAGAGAUCCUCAAAGCCUUCAGUGAAGCUCAGGCAGAUGAUUGGCUGUCGGCGGCGGUGGACUGUCUGGAGUUCCUGCCUGAUCAGCUGGUGGUGGAGGUGAGCCGGGGGUUGGCGAAGUGUGCGGAGGAAACGUCUCAGUAUAAACGGCUCCUGUACGGGACCCUCGUCCAGCACUAUGGCCACACCGAUCAUCUCCCGCUCCUCAGUAACCACGUGUUCGACAUCCACACCGGCAUCUCCGAGCUGCUCGUUAAUGGGAAGCUGGAGCAGGCUCUGGAGGCCCUGCAGUUGUGUCUGAAGCUCCAGGACUCGCGCAGUCGAGAGGAGCUGCGCAGAUUACUGCGAUUCAUGGCUCUGGCUGCUCAACCACACGAACUCAAACUACACAAAGAGAUAGAGAACCGGAUGGCGGUGAAGAGAGCGUUCUCCAGCUCCAUCGUCUACAGCACCAGACUCGCCAAGGGCAAAGUGGAUCUGCUGGUGCUCUUCAUGAUAGACAACCACCUGGAUCUGUUCAAGAUUCCUGCAUCACUGCAUAAGCUAGUUAGUGAUAAACUGGCCAUCAUCAUUCAGGGGAAAGAUCCAGAUGUCAUUAUGGGUACAGGAUACUGCAGACGCAUCACAGGAAGUGCGUACCUGGAGACGGUUCAGAAAACCACCAGAGACGAGCUGUGGGCUUUACUCAGAACCAUCCACGAGAACACCAGACUCUCCCCGAAGGAGAAGCGCCGGCUGCUGGGCCAGUUCUACAGAGGCCACCCCGAAAUAUUCGUGCAGUACUUCGGGAAGCAGAUAUCCAGCGCGUAUUUGUGACGACUCGCUCUAACUGAAGACAUUGCACAGUGUACAUAUAUACAUAUAUAUAUAUACUGUAAAUACUGUAAAACUUACUGUAAAUGCUGUAAAUAAUAAUGAAAUGAUGUAAAUGUUAUUUACUUAUUGUGUUUGUAAGCAUGUGCUAACAGAAAGGUCAAAGGUCAGCAUUGUUUUUAAUGUUUGUACUGAAAUUUAAUGUGAGAAUGUCCUUGACAUUUUUUUUUUUAUUUAAACACUUGAAUGUUUUGAUUGUGAUAAGACUGAAACCUGCUCUCAAAAGCGUGUGUGACGUAGCGACGGGUCACAUGAUGAAUAAACGCUCUGUUAAAAGUAAAA